AUGUUCACAAAGGCAACUGCCCAUCUUCGUCCCUUCAUCCGUCUCCCCUCUUCCCACUCUCCCGCCUCCCCCGACCACUUUACCUCCAACCCUUCCCUCUUACAUCACCUCCCUCAGCACGGCUCUAGCAAUGCCUUGGCGAUUCAUGGACAGCACUCGGCGCAGACUGGUAGUGCCUCUGGACAUGCCGGCCGAGCUGGCUAUGGUGGUGGAGCGAAUGCCGGUGGUGGAUACACUGGCCAUGCCAGAGCAUUCUUGUCGCUGCCUCAAACCGCCUCUGCCGAUUCUUCGAGCACAAAUCUCGAUGAAAAGAAGGAGAAUGCUUCCCCCAACACCUCCCUUCUCCUCCGCCAGCGCCUGUCAAAAGCUCCCCGAAUCGUCUACAUGAACGAAUCAGUCCGAGCUAGGCGUGAAAUCGAGGCCCGCAAGGGUGGAAAAGAGUUUACCGUCGUCGACAUUGACCAAAAGCAGAGGAGACGGUCUAUUGCCAACUAUGCUUCUGGCAGAGUACCUCUUUCGCGAUCUUCUACCCCCCAACUGCUUUCGCGGUCCUCGACACCUCUCGAGCUUCUACAAGUCGGCGUUCCCCAGCAUCGAUCUAUUAGCCUUCGCGCACUUUCGACGAGUACGCGUGCUAUGGAAGCUGAGGACGUCGAGGCGAUUGAGGAGCGUGAGAGGAUGACACCGCGUGUGCAAACACCAAAAAGCCGCACUAUGGGACAAUCCAAGCGAGUUUUGAUGGAUCUUGCCGGGAAGGAAGACAUUUUCGGCCAAAAGCUCGGUGGGCUCAGGCGAAACUCUACUGCUGCCCUUGAGCGCCCAUCUCUCGACCAGCCUCCAUUCGACCUCUCCAGCCCAACCUCUCCUGAAUCAGAGAGCGACAAGCUGCUCGAACAGGCCAUACUCAAUGCGCUCAACCAGGCCCGCUCAAAUUACGACGCGAAGGCCACUGAGCGUCUGGUACAGCACUACCGAUCCCCCCGAAAACUCGCCCCUCUUUCUCCCGAUGCUGCUCCUGGUUUACCCGAGCUUGCCAGCGCCUAUCCUCUGCCGUCAUCCUUCACCCUUCGAGGCUACAACACUUGUCUCUAUGCCCUCCUCCAACUGCGCACCCCCGGAAAAAGCAUCGCCCCCAUUCUUGAGCUCUACAAUGAGCUCUUGGAACGUGACUUGAUCCCCGACAACACCACUUACGGGACUGUCAUCAGGGCCUUGUCUAUGCGAGAACAGGAGAUUUUGGAAAACAAGGCCUCUUGGGAUAUGACCAAACGUUGGGGUCUUUGGCUCCAGGAAACUUGCGGAUACCCAUGGGACACUGCAGAGGCUGUCAGCCGUGAUGCCGACGUUGAAAGGUACAUGUCUGAAGGCAACUUGAACUCUGCUCUCAAGCUUUUCCGCGCUGCUGCCCUCACCGGUCAGGCCAACUUUGAGGCGUCCACUUACGGCUCUCUCUUGGCUGCCAUGUCGCUGAAGGACUCGCCGGAUUUGGAGGGUAUGAAGCAGAUUGUGCAGUUCGGGAGGGAGAACAAGGUGCAGGGGCUUGUCUCGGUCUACAAGCAGCUUAUCGUGGCUGCCGCCAAGGCCGGAAAGGAGGCCGAGUUGGGCAAGGUCUGGGAAGAGUUUGAAACACUCGCAGGUCAGGCGAGCGCGGAGGAGUGGGGAAGCUCAAGGUCUGCGGCCAGGAUCGAGGGCGUUAAGCGCGAGUCGUACGAAAAGGGCUUUGUCGCCUUUUUGCAAGUGGGCGACUUGAGCAAGGCAUUCGAGAUCUUUAGCCGAAUGGCCGAGUCUGCCGAGACAUCCGAGUCUACGAGCGCUAUUCCCGCCGCCAACGUCAACACCUGCGGUGAGCUCGUCGUUGGUCUUGCCAAAUCCGGGCAGAUCGACCUCGCGCUCGAGUGGCUCGACAAGGUCAGCAGCACUUCCCUCGUCCAGCAGGAGCAAUUCCACCGACUGAACGUCUCCCACCUCGCCGCCUUCACCGAUGUGCUCAUCUUUGACGGCAGGGUGCUGGAAGCUGUUUCUGUAAUGUCUCACAUCAAGAACUUGUCCCCCGAUGUCGAGCACUUUACGAGGUCUGCUGUUCAGUACCGUAUCUGGCGAGGCCACACCGCCUUGACUUCGGCAGCCGCUAAAGCUGCGUCUCCCGAAGAGAGGGACGCUUUCCUCAAGGGAAGCCGAGAUUUAUUGGCAGUGUUCCCUUCAAGGAUCCAGCCCGACUCUUUGAUCAAGCACAUUGAUAUCCUUGCGCAGGCCGGACAAUUUACUGCUAUCCCUGAGAUCUUGAGCCUCGUCGAAAAGGCCGGCAAUCUCUCUCCUCGAUACCUCCGUUCUUAUGCUUCUGCCCUCGACCGGGUGGCGUCUCUCGAGAUGCCGUUUGGUGACAGAAUCAAAAUUAUCGAUGCUUUCAGCUCUUUCCAGCAAAAGUUGACCCCCGUCGUCGCCGAGAGUGUCGUACAGUCCUACGCUGUUCAGCGAAAGACUGGCUCUGCUCAAGAGUUCGGUCUGACUCAGCAGGCUGCAUUCACUCUCGUUGAGAGUCUUGCUGCCUACCCAACCGAAAAGGUCCAGCAGGGCGAUCUCGACACUGUCCUUGAGCAACUGAUGACCGACAUCCAGGAGAUUGACGCUGGGGAGAACAGCGACCUCCGAAGGGCCCAGCAGCACUUUGCUGUUGGCCGAUUGGCCGAGAUCUUGGCUUUCAGGUUCGGUGUGGAGAGGGCUGAGAGCAUGCUCAGUCCCGUCUUUGGUGAUGCUGCAAAGGAGAUGGUUCAGCCUGCUGUGGAAGAACCUGCUUCUGAGAGCGAGCUCUCUUCAGGCGAGGUUUCUGAAACCGCGACUUCUGCCACUUCUGCCAUGCCGUCUCUCACCGUCUCUGAAGCUUUGACCCGCAACAUCGACCGCUUUGCUCAACGUAACCCUUCCAUCACUCCCCUCGACGCAUAUGCCAUCCUCCGAACCGGUCUCCAGAAACAGGAAGUCCCUCGUCUCGAGACAUUGUUGAAUCUGGUGGAUCACCUCGCGCGAGCGAGUGACGAGCCCAAGGUGCGCGAGUUGUAUGACCUUGCUCAGAUUGUCCUUCACAGUCUUGUCCGUCCCGAGGCGCAGGCUCAGAGCUGGUACGCUAUCGAAAACGCCAUGCUUAUCGCGUGCUGCCACCUUGGUCACCUCGAGGAAGCUGGUCUUCACCGAGCUCAGAUCGUUCAGGCUGGUUUCGCCCCCUCUUCCGAUGCUUAUGCCACCAUGAUUGCUUCUUCCAAGGACACUACCGACGACGCGCUCGUCGCUAGGGAGCUUUGGGAGGAGGCGCUCAGUAUGGGCGUCAAGCCUCACCUGUUCUUGUACAACACUAUCAUCAGCAAGCUGAGUAGGGCGAGGAAGGCUGAAAGUGCUUUGGAGUUGUUUGGAAGGAUGAAGGACUCGGGGAUCAAGCCUAGCAGCGUGACCUACGGUGCUGUCAUUAAUGCUUGUUGCCGAGUAGGUGAUGCUCAAAGUGCGGAGACUCUCUUCGAGGAGAUGGUCUCCAAGCCCAACUUCCGACCCCGUGUGCCCCCUUACAACACCAUGAUGCAAUUCUACCUCCAGACACAACCCAACCGUGAACGUGUCCUCCACUACUACUCUGCUCUCCAACAAGCUCGUGUCCCUCCCUCUGCCCACACCUACAAGCUCUUGCUCGACGCCUACGCUACUCUUUCUCCCACCGACAUUCCUUCCAUGGAGCUCGUCUUCUCCCGACUGUCUGGCGACAGAAAUGUUCGCGUGCAGGGUACCCACUGGGCUAGUCUCAUCUCUGGUUACGGCUUGCACGCCAACGAUCUGUCAAAGGCGAAGGAGGUCUUUGAGAGCAUACCAUCAACACAAAAGGGCAAUGUCCAAGAGUCUGUUGUGUGGGAAGCUUGGUUGAACGUUCUUAGCCAGAAGGCGACUAUCGUCGAGCUGGAAGAGGCGCACAACAAGAUGGUGGAAAGUGGUGUUCAACCCACGGCAUACGUCUACAACGUUCUCAUCAACGGUUACUCUAGGGCUGGCACCAUUGAGCGCGCCCGAGAAGUAUUCGAGAGCAUGGGCGACAGCGUCUCUGGCGUUGCCGCACCCAACAACCACCCCACCCUCCUCACAUCCUCCGGCCACGCCAAGCCUUCUACAAAAGCUAUCAUCAGCAGCGGUGUCGUGUACCGCGAACCGUCAACGUACGAGGCAAUGAUCCGUGCGGAGGUCUCGUGUGGCGACAAGGCGAGAGGAGAGGAUGUGCUCAGGCGGAUGGAGGAGAGAGGAUAUCCGGUGGCGGUGUUUAUGAGGGGCAAGGCAGCUUUGGAUGGGGAAGCUCCGCGAUUUGUUUAG